AUGAGCCUGCCGCGCUCUGUGCUGUGCGCUUCGCGCGAUAGCGUCAAGCCGCUGCAUGCAUUCGCCCGUGCGUACUCACAGGAUCUUUCGAUCAAGCACCGCACGGGUAUGCCCCAAGUCGGUGCCGGCCCAUACGGUUUCGGACGGAGCUCCGUGUCUGGCAGCAUUGCUACCGUGUUUGGCUGCACAGGUUUCCUAGGUCGCUACGUCGUCAGUAAGCUUGCCAAGGCUGGAACGCAGGUCGUAGUACCAUACCGUGACGAGGACGAGAAGCGCCACCUCCGCGUGCUCGGUGACCUUGGCCAGAUUGUGCCUCUCGAGUGGGACAUUCGGAACGAAAAGCAAAUCGAGGAGUGUCUGCGUCACUCAGACACCGUGUUCAACCUUGUUGGUCGUAGCUACGACACAAAGAACUUCUCGAUGAACGAAGUGCAUGUCGACGGCGCCCGCCGCAUUGCCGAGAUUGCUGCCGCCCACGGUGUGGCCCGUUUCAUUCAGAUGUCGCACCUGAUGGCAGACGUCAACUCGGAAAGUGAAUUCAUGCGCACCAAGGCGCUCGGCGAGGAUGCCGUGCGUAGGGCUUUCCCAAGCUCGACGAUCGUGCGUGCCUCCUCUAUCUACGGCCAUGAAGACCGCUUCCUGAACAAGAUGGCGUCGUGGCCCAUCACGUGGAAGCUGAACAACGGUAAGACGAUUAUGCGCCCCGUGCACUCGCUCGAUGUCGCCGAAGCGCUAUCUGUCAUCGCGAGGGAGGAUCAGAUCUCUAUGGGCGAGACCUUUGAACUGUACGGCCCGAAGGCGUACUCGAUUCGCGAGAUGCUUCAGAUCGUGGAAGACCUGACGUACCAAAAGAUUGUGUCGCCUGAAAUCAACAUUCCCCGUUUUGCCUUUUCCGCCCUCGCUAAACUGGGCGAGAAGAUUGCAUGGUGGCCCAUGUUUAAUGCCGACGAGGUCACGCGCCGCUUUAUUGAUGAGGUGCCCAGGGGCGGUAUGAAGGGCUUCGCUGAUCUCGGCAUUGAACCUGACGUGAUGGAGGAUGUCGCUAUCAUGUUUCUGCGUCGCUUCCGCAGCCAUCUGCGCUACGAGCAGCCCAUUGAUAAUGCUCGUUCUGGUGCCGUGAAGCUCCGCAAGCGGCCGUUCCGGAUCGUCCAAUAG